AUGAUUGCAAUAUUUUCUGAUAUGGUUGAAAGAAAUCUUGAAGUGUUUAUGGAUGAUUUUUCUGUGUUUGGAAAUUCUUUUGAUGAUUGUUUGCACCAUCUUUCUCUUGUUUUAAUUCGUUGCAAAGAAAUGAAUUUAGUUCUUAAUUGGGAAAAAUGUCAUUUCAUGGUUAAAAAGGGAAUUGUCUUAGGUCAUGUGAUUUCAUCUCAAGGAAUAGAAGUUGAUAGAGCAAAAGUAGAUCUUAUUUCAAAACUUCCUCCACCUAAGACCGUAAAAGAAAUUAGAUCAUUCUUAGGACAUGCCGGUUUUUAUAGAAGAUUCAUAAAAGACUUUAGCAAAAUCUCACGCCCUUUAUGUCAUUUACUUGGAAAAGAAAAUGCUUUUGUCUUUGAUAAUGAAUGCCAUGUUGCCUUUGAAAAAUUGAAAUCCCUUUUGACUCGUGCACCCAUUAUUCGCCCUCCUGAUUGGAAUGUUCCUUUUGAAUAA